UCUCUGUGGGAGGCAGGGAGCCCAGGCAAUGCCGAGGCACUGGUCCAAGUAUUCAAUGUUUAUGGGAGAACGCCGAUCCAAAGGCUACACCGACAGCAAGUGCUGGUUGACUCCCAACUCAAGCUCAAGCUCAUUGGCAGGUCGCCAAUGUCAAUGUCGGUCAAGUUUGGAAGAGCGUGGCUGUUCCAAGCAUCAUGUAUGGUGCUGCCGAUACAAAGGCCUGACGCAGAAGUCAUUCCCUGCGUCACCUGUAACAUCAAGAUCAAGAUCAAGAGUACAAGAGGACUUUGAAAUGAAAGGCAUAAGGAAGGAUAUGUUUGGUGUCUUCCAUGACCCUGACUCAAAUGUGGAGGUGAAGGUGGACCGCUACACCCUGACCAGUGCAUCAGGGGUGGAGGUGCAGGUCAUUUCUUAUGGUGCCUGUGUGAGUGCCAUUGUGGUCCCUGACAAGUCUGGGAAGAAAGACCAUGUUACUCUUGGAUUUGAUGAUAUGAAAGGAUACUUAGAGAAUGCAUACCAGGGAAGCUCUGUUGGUCGCUGUGCCAAUCGCAUUGGCAAGGGCAAGCUGAUGGUGGAGGGGCAGCAGUACAGCCUCACCAUCAACAACAAUGGCAACCACUUGCAUGGGGGAACGAGGGGCUGGGACAAGCAUGUGUGGGAGAGCCACGUCAGUGAAGAGAGAGUGGUGUUCUCGCGCCUCAGCAGUGAUGGAGAGCAAGGAUACCCUGGGGCUGUGCUGGUGCAGGUGAAGUAUUCUCUUGAUGCAGCAGGAGGACUCAGGAUAGACUUUGAGGCAAUGACCACCCAAGCCACUCCAAUCAACAUGACCAACCACUGCUUCUUCAACCUGGCAGGACAUGCUGCAGGUCAGGGUGGCCUCUUGGAGCAUCUGGUGAGGGUGAAUGCUGAUCGCUUCACACCUGUGGGGCAGGAUCUCAUACCAACAGGAGAAUUAGCAUCGGUGAGAGGCACGGCCUAUGACCUACGUAGCCCCAUCACCUUUGGGGAGGCACUGCCCCGGGCACCAGGGAAUGGGUUUGAUCACAAUUUUUGUCUGCAGUUCAAGCACAGAGGUGAACUGGAGCUAGCAGCAUGUUUCCUGCACCCUCCAACAGGUCGUGGCUUGGAGGUGUACACCACUGAGCCUGGAGUGCAGAUCUACACCGGGAACUUCCUGCCUAAAGAAGCAAACAAAAUGGUUGGCCGCAGUGGGACGUCCUACACUUACCAGGGAGCAUUCUGCUGUGAACCUCAGAACUUCCCUGAUGCUGUCAACCAGAGCAACUUCCCCAGUGCCAUCUGCUUUCCUGGGAAGCCCUACAAGCACUCCAUGAUGUACAAGUUCUUUAUACAAAAAUAAUUCCCUCCCAUACAUGGUAGGCUUUCCAUGGUAGGUGUUGCUGUUAUAUUGCAUGCCCUAUUCUUUUGCCUCAUUGAAUGUUAGACAUAUUUACAAGUUAUCUAAACAGGUAUGCCACACAUCCUUACCAUUCAUGACAGUUAUGUUCUGAAGUGUGUUGUGAGUAACAGAUUCAUGAAUGACAAUGUUAACAAUAACAGUAAAGAGACAGUUAUGUUCCAGAACUCUUUGGCUGCCAUGAUUUGUUUCUUGCUAGGAAGGUGCAGUCAGCCAAAAUAGAAUUAAGGUAGUAUGUAGUACUUGACUGCAGUCUGUGGAACAAAGGCUGACAUCCAUUACAUAUGGUUAUCUGCCUUCCCUCUGGUUGCCUCUGCUGCUUCAUCCUCUCUCUCCUUGCUGUGUUAUGAAAGUUGUCAGCACUCUUAUCAUAUGAGUAUUUAUUCUCAUUUUUUGUCUUAACUCUUGAAAAUAAGCCAUAGAUGAAAUUUUGCAGUAACCAGCAGUUGGUGGAUAUGUUUGGAAUCACCAGCAACAGCUGUGAGAGGGCGAGGGGAAUUGAGAUAGUUAGUUUUUCUUGCUCAAGACCUCCAAGCACUUAGUUCAGUGUGCAUCUCUUGGCUCAUCAAAUUGACAUAAAAUAUUAGGCUACCAAGAGAGUAUCAACAGUUACUAAGACUGGUAAAUGAGAAUCUAAUCAAUUGCACAUUUAAAAUGUAAUUAUUAUUCAUAUAUAAUUUGGAAAAUAUCAGCUUAGCUAAAUGCAUGUAGCAGUGAAGGUGAGUCCUGAGAUGCAGCAAGUGUAGUCAUUGAUGUUGACUUGUACUGUAGUGUGCUAAGUGUUAGCUGUGAUGUAUAGAUGCAGUACAAUAGUUCUCAAUGCAUGUAUUGGCUAGUAGUGUUAUUUUAUAUAUGUUCAAAUAUAACCAAGGGUAACAAAACUUGUGAAAGGAAGCUCACUAAGGUCUGGAUUCUUAGGAGAAUAGUACAAAGGCAUGUCCAAAAUAAUCUGAUGGUGUCUUGAAACUUUAUCAGACAGCAAUAAACAGUUCAGGUGGCGAUGUCUGCCUUGAGUGUUAGUGCUUUGUUGUUGGGGUGGCAGAUAGGAGUCAAUUAUAGAAAACUGCCUUGAUAUGGAGUUGUAAUAAAUAGGAAAUGUCCAUGUUUUAAAACUAUAAGGAAAUAAGGGAAGCUGCAGGAAGCCAUCAGCCUUACAUGUGGCAGUCUAACUAUGAAAUAAGUCUACUUAUAUCCACAUACCCUUAUUCAUAAAUUUGCUUAUUUUUUUAAACUCUUAAAUGACAGCACUUACAACCUAAAUGCUGUUGGUACUGAGUCUAUUCUAUUCAGCAAUAUUUCAGAAGCAAUUACUUUCAGUACAUUUUUCAAAUCCAACUUAAUCAUUCUUGAACCCAUUAAUUUUUUUUGUGCCACAGAAAAUUUCGCUUGUGUCACUCUGCUUCACUGAGAUUUUGCUGUGCACGUCACUACUGUAGUGACAAUCCCAGCACGGUGUCAGGCUCAACUGUUAUACGUAGUUUAUACCCACAUUUAUUGCUGCUUUUUUUUUUUUUUCUUUUCAUUAA